AUGUCUUCCGAUUCAGACGACUCCGAUUCAGACAACUCCGAUUCAGACAACUCCGAUUCAGACGACUUCGAUGCCGGUCAAACCGCCAUCGUGGCUACCAGCCAAGAAAACAGCAAAUCGAGCGCGACUUCGCUGUGUCAUACCAAGGCCAAAGAGCUUCCCCGAGUGACGGGUAACGACCUCCAAAAGCGCAAACGACAGGCUGAAGACGACUCUGAGCAGGACGUGGGCAAGGAUGGCACAGGUCAAGAGGACACAGUUCGGAAGGAAACCCAAGAGAUUGACGAUGACGACGGUGACGAUCUGGAUGAUCAAAUUCAACUGGCAGAGAUGCAGUUGGCGCUUCGACAGGCAGAGAUGCGACUGGCGAUUCUGCGACAGCGAAAGAAGCGAAAGCAGUCGAAACACUAG